AAGCGGCCAGGAUUUUUUGCGCUGCGUCAAACUCCUGCUCCCGCACACUGUUGUCUCAGUGCGCAGCUUUGUCUCCGGCGAGGUCCCGUGCGUAAAAGUGUUCGCUCGAACUCAUCCAAAACCCCGGAUACGGUCUGAUCUCAGAGCUCCCGGCGUCUUCUGCAUCGUGGCGGACAUGGCGGUGACGGUGAAGUCGUACCUGCUCGGUAAAGACGACGCGGUGAAGGAGAUCCGGCGUUUCACCGUGGACCACGACGUCAGCGCCAGCUUCGAGUACCUGACCCGAAAAGUGACGGCGGCUUUCAGCCACCUGCAGAACCUGCCCUUCACCCUCUUCUACAAAGAUGAGGACGAGGACAUGGUGGCGUUUUCCUCGGACGAUGAGCUGGUCAUGGCUCUGGCCUGUGUCAAAGACAACACCUUCAGACUCUACAUCAAAGAGAAAAAGGAGCAUCGUCGUGACUUUCCCGCUCACGCUUUCCCUCCGUUUGGAUUCCCGCCUUUUCACCAUGCCCCGCCCCCUGGCCCUCAUGCCCCGCCCCCAGGCCCACACGGCCCACCACCACCACCACCGCCUGGACCCCCCGGGCCUCACGGGCCCCACGGGCCCCACAUCCCUCCUCCCGGACUGCCCCCGUUCGGGCCGUUCGGGCCGCAGUGCCCCCCGGCGGUGCACCCCGGGGUGACCUGUGACGGGUGCGAGGGACCUGUCGCAGGGACCCGCUUCAAGUGCUCCGUCUGCCCCAACUACGACCUGUGCGCCACCUGCCAGGCCAAAGGAGUCCACACCGAGCACGUGCUGCUGCCCAUCUGGCACCCCAUCCAGCAGUGGUUCCCUCGGGGGAAGUGGAUGAAGUGGAUGAGGCACUGCAUGUUGAACCAGAACCGUGGAGCCCAGAACUUCAACCAGGCCCAGAACCCCCCCAACGGAGAGACCAACCCUGGACCCGAGCAGCCCGGACCCUCCUCUGAGGCCCAGACCAACGUGGAUUUCCUGAAGAACAUUGGAGAAGGAGUGGCGGCCAUGUUGAGUCCUCUGGGGAUCGACGUGGACAUCGACGUGGAGCACGAGGGCCAGCGCACCAAAGUGACUCCGCCCAGUCAGAGCGCAGACGUGGACAUGGAGGCGGGAGAGGGCGGGGCUACUGAAGGAGAGGGCGGAGCUGCCGAAGGAGAGGGCGGAGCUAACGAGGCUCCAGCAGCGAGCGGCUCAGACGAGGAGUGGACCGACCUGUGCUGUAAGGAGGUGGACCCGUCCACCGGAGAACUCCAGUCUCUGGAUCCUAAAGACCUGGACCAGGACCUGGACCAAGACCUGGACCAGGACCUGGACCAGGACCUGGAGGAGCCCCCCAGCCCCAAACCCAGGUCCACCCAGAACCAGGGCCCCGUCCCCAAACCAGACCAACGCCCCGUCCCCAAACUAGACCAACGCCCCGCCCCCAAACCAGACCAACGCCCCGCCCCCAAACCAGACCAACGCCCCGCCCCCAAACCAGACCAGGGACCGAGCGGACUCAGAGAGGCAGCGCUCUACCCCCACCUGCCCGAAGAGGCGGACCCUCGCCUGGUGGAGGCGCUGUCCCACAUGUUGUCCAUGGGCUUCACAGACGAGGGGGGGUGGCUGACCCGACUGCUCCAGGCCAAAGGAGGCGACAUCGGAGCGGCUCUGGACGCCAUCCAGUACAACACCAACAACAAACCCCACUGAGACUCACGCCACAGUCACACAAAAGUCACACGCUCGCCCCACGUUUCACUGCUGCGGCUCCAGUUUAGGGUGAAAAGAAAGAUUUGAUUUACCCAGGACGGUUCAGGUUUAAGUCCUGUGUCCCCUGUCCCAGACUCAUCCAAAACCUACUGAUUUGUCCAAGUUUUAUACAAGAAAUGUCCCAGGUGUCCCUAUUUUUGACCAAUCUAAACCAGGAUUAAAACAGGUCUAAACUAGGACUAAAACAGGACUAAAUUAGGUCUAAAACAGGACCAAUCUAGGACUAAAACAGGUCUAAACUAGGACUAAAACAGGACUAAAUUAGGUCUAAAACAGGACCAAUCUAGGACUAAAACAGGACUAAACUAGGACUAAAACAGGACUAUCAGAAUUUUAGAUUAAUUGAUCCCUGCCAACAUUAAAGAGGAGCAUAAAUUAUCAAUUAUUUAGCCAAAAAACAGAAAAUGAAUUUUGAAAACCUGGUCACCCUGCUCCUUUAUUCCUCUCCUCCCUCCUUUUACAUUUGUGCAGUGGUGGAAAAUAACAAAGUAAAAGCAGUAAGGCACUAAAUAUAAGUAUAAAUUUGAAAUAUCUGUACAUUUAAUAAUACUUUUUAGACUUUUACUCCACUACAUUUUUGAACAGGACUGACAAAUAAAAGUAUUUUUCGUUGGUUUCAGACCUGCAGAAAAAGCUGAAGGUAAAUUUUUAACAUGUUUGUAGUCCAAGCAAACACAAAUAUACAAAGAAAAACAGAAAUUCUCAUGUUUCUUGUUGAAGAAAAUUCAAAAUUCAGCACAAACCUGUAUCAAAAAAUCACUUCAUUUGAAAGUUUAAAGUACAUUUUUAAACAGGUACUUACAUUUUGUUUUUGCUCUGGUAUCUGUAUUUUUACUUCUUCCACCACUGCAUUUCUGUAGGUUUAUCUGAGAAGAGGUUUGGUUAAAUCUUUAUUGACGAUGUCUUUUAUAAAAUAUAAAAACCCUCCAAAAUGACGACAAACACGAGCGGUCGGUUUGAUGUGGGGCGUGUCUCUGUGACCAUCUUAAACUCUAAAUCAUAUAUGUUCUUUUACUUUUAUACCUGUUUUAAUCAGCAUUUAUCCACUGUUAUUUUGAUCAUAUCUGUGAGUUUUUUUUACUCUCAUUCUCUUCAGUUUCUGUUCUGUGACAAUAAACUGCAAACAAAAGCA